CGCUAAAAACCCUGCCGCGGACUGUCCAACGGGCGAAAACCAGAGCAAUGGCGAAGAGAAAGCGUAAGGAGGCCGGUGAAAUCCCUAAUGGAGUCGAUACGAGAAAGAAGGCCGAGUCAAUGAUCGGAGGCGCCGUAAGGGAAAGCGGAAAGGAGGAACAGAAGGACGCCGGUGAAGGAUCUCACGGCGAAAUCCCUAAUGGAGUCGAUCCGAGGAAGAAGGCCGAGUCAAAGAUCGGAGGCGCCGUUAGGGAAAGAGGAAAGGAGAAACAGAAGGAGGCCGGUGAAGGAUCUCGCGGCGAAAUCCCUAAUGGAGUCGAUCCGAGGAAGAAGGCCGAGUCAAAGAACGGAGGCGCCGUAAGGAAAAGCGGAAAGGAGGAACAGAAGGAGGCCGGUGAAGGAGCUCACGGAAAAACCCCUAAUGCAGUCGAUCCGAGGAAGAAGCCCGUGUCAAAGAACGGAGGCGCUGUAAGGAAAAGCGGAAUGGAGGAACAGAAGGAGGGCUACUUCCACCUCGGCGAUCCCACCUUCGUGGACUUGGGUAACGGGAGAAUGCGCUGCGUGGAGUCUGGGCACGAGCUGCUCGCCAAGGACCAGGAAGCCUACGGCCUCUCUAAGGCCUGCCGCCUCGCCCUCAUCGAUGACGUUGUUGCUCGGCAGAUACCGCCGUUCGAUAUGUUCGAGCCGCAUCCCACCUCCAAGUCGCAGCUAGUGUGCAAGUUGACUGGAGGCCAUGUUAACAAGGCUGAGGAGCAUAUCUGGAAGCACAUGAGCGGCAAAAAAUUCCAGAAAAGAUUAGAACAGAAGGAAGUCGAGAAGCAUGCCAGUGCUGCAGUAGGAGAGAAAGAAAAGAAACAAUCGAGAAAAGAACAUAAGGAAAUGGAGAAGCAUGCUGGUGCAGUAGUAGAAGAGACAGACAAAAAACAAUCCAAAAGAGAACGGAAAGGAAUGGAGAAGCAUGGCAUUACAGAAAUAGUAGAGAAAGAUAAAAAACAAUUGAAGUCAGAACUUGGUGCUUCGAGAAAAGAUCAGGUAAAGAACACCCAUGGGAAUCAAAAGCCUAGUAAGAAAAUAAAGCCCAACAGUGGAGAUGAUGAGGAGCCUCAUUUCUGGGAACCUCCUCCUGGAAGUCGUUGGGAUUUCGAUGAUGGGAAAGUUCGCUGGGACUCGAAUACAAACUCAGCUGAUGAGGCAGAUGAUGAUGGAACGCCCGAAAAAGAUGAUUCCGAAACAGGGGAACCUAUUAAGAAGUCAAAACAGAAGUCAGCUGUUAGGCCUGUCGACCUUGCCUCAAAGAAGAAGAAGAAAGAAGAAGAAAGAAGAAAGAAGAAAGAAGAAGAUGAUUUUGAAGUCCACUAAAAAGCAUUCCAAGAGUAGGUGAACCGAUUGGCCAUCACAUUCAUAUUAUGAAAUUGCCAAAGUUGAGUUAUGAAAACAUCCAAAACUCUCCUCUUUCUGAUGUUCUAUCAAAUUCCGUCUUCGUUUAGAACUUGCGAAGCUAUUAGUAUCUCCCACUGUUUUGGUGCCUCUUAGGAUAUUUUGAAUGUGUCUAGUUAGUGGCUUUGUCAAAGGAAUUCAUUUUUAAACAUCUUUUUCAUUAUUAUUUAACCUUCUCUUUCUCAUGUUUGUUGUGAUAUUCA